CCCAUGCGACUUGGAGGUGCACCGGCUCCGUAGAGCACAAACAUCGCACUAUGGCCUCUCUCUGAGCCUGGUCGGACGAGAGAGAGUACAAAUCUAACCGGCAAUCCGUCACCAUCGACGCCUUGAUCAUGGACCUCCAGUCCAGAGGCCUAUCUGGGAGUCAUCGCAAUCAUCAAUAGCACUCCCGAAGAGCGAUAUUACAUCUAUUUUUUAAAAACCACUGUCACUUUUGAACAUCCUGGGAUUUAAAACCGAAGUGAGCACUCACCCCCAUCUGCCGGUUAGCCAACUAGUUCGCUAAAGUCAACAGCCAAGAAGGGCUUCACUCGUCUGUUGGAACAAAGAUCAAGCAAACAAAACUUUUUUUUUUUUAUUACUACCAGAAGACUGACCAGAGGCUGACACCCCAAGGUCCCAAUUUUACAACCCUGUCACUGUUGGUACCUGAGGCUGGCAACAUACAGCCACCCUGAUGCAGACCUCUAAAAGAACGUGAAAUGAACAAACCACCACAACCUAUAACGGGACCCACCUCUGUCCCAAAUCCCUCCCCAUCCCCCGGACUGACACAGGCUGCUUACGGCCCCGGACAGCCGCCCUCUCUCGUUUUUGCCACGCCGCCACAAAUGAACUCCGCACAGCAGCCCAGACAGUUUGCUACAGGGCCUCGUACUUUACACCAACAGCGGCAGUUUCAUGUCGAUGGUGGAUACAGAGCGUUGCAGAGUUACUAUCCGAGUCGAGCCACGAUGGCCGCCAGCGCUCCUCGGGUGCAGACCAGCAGCGGCCCCCGGCCCGUCGCGCCUACGCACGUCUACUCUCCCAGCUCCCAGAUGAUGAUGAUCCCCCAGCAGCAGCUGCCCUUCGGCGGCUCCCAGGGCUACUUUAUCCCACCCGGACAGUACCGUACUCAGUACAUACCUCAGACCCAACAGUAUCCUGUGACCAGCAGCACAGGCUUCUAUACCGGGACGAGCCCUGCAGAAUACUCUCCUUAUGAGCCCUCUCUUGCUGCGCGGGAGAGGCGGGGUGGCGGGGGGAGAGGGGGCGGGCGAGAGAACGGCCGUCUCUCUCUCCACGGCGCUCCUCUCGCCUCCCAGCGCUACCCCGCUGGAACCUACUACCCAGCCCAGCCGCAGUACCCGCCAUCCGUACAGCCGGCGCCGGUGAUGAUCAACCCGCAGCAACAAGCCCCGCCCCCCCAGCAAGCGCCCGCGCAGCCGCAGGGCCCGCCGAAGCGGGAGCGCAGACAGAUAACGAUACGAGACCCCAACCAAGGGGGGCGGGACAUCACGAAGGAGAUCAUGUCAGGUGGAAGGUCUACCACAGCGGCGACUCCCCCGCAGGCAUCUGGAGCAGAAGUAAGCAUCGCCCAGACCAAUGGUGAAGUUGUACAGCCUGUUGCUACGGUGACACGAAAAGAGGAGCACGCGGAGCCCGCUGCUUCCACUGAAAGCCCUCCACCCGCUGCCCCCGAAAACACGGAGCCCGUAGCGGAGGCCAAACAGGAAGUGAUCAGACGGCUCACCCCGCCUGUGGAGUCGGCCGCCCAGCCGGUGGCGACCGCCGCCGCUACCGAGAGACUUUCCCCGUCGAUAAAGGAGCGAAUGUCUCCGGCUCCCCUCCCGCCAGCGGCUGCAGCUACCAGCGGCGCCGCUGAGGCGGUCGGUAAAGUCGUCGCCGACACGGUCGACGCGCCGGUCAGACCUUCUGCAUCACCGGUGCCGCCAGAGACGGCGGUGAAAACGGAGGAGCCGCCGGCUGCCCUGUCCGAAAAGCAAGCCGAACAGGAGGAGGUGAAACCAGAAGUCGUCGAAGCGGAAAAAGAGGAAGAGACGCAGAGCGCCGCGCCGGAGCCCCCCGUUGAAGCUGCAGUAGCUCCUGUGGAGGCCGCGAAGGAGGAGGAGGAGGAUGCUGCUGCAGAGCCAUCCGGUGACGUCUCCCCGCCCCUCGCCGUACCUCCACCUGCUGCUCCACAGGCCCUCCGCCUGGACCCCAGCUCUGAACCGCUUAGCUCGGCAGAGACUCCCCUCUCCAACGGCCUUCCUCAGGAGGCCGAAGAACUCCCUGCAGACGCACCAGUGACUGACACUACACCCCAGGACAAACCCGACCCCCCUCAAUCUCAGGAAUCCGCAGCUGUGGCUAAAACAGCACCACCAGCACAGAAAGAGGAGGAGGAGGAGGAGGAGACGACGCGGGAGGAAGAGCCGCCGCCGCAGAAGAAGACAGAAGAUGCUCCUCUUGCCUCUGCCAGCUGUCCAGAGGAAACUACUAUGCAAGCUGCUACGUCUGUGCCAAAGAAGAAGAAGAACACGAAAGAUCUGGACAAAAAAGCCAUCCUCCAGGAUGCCUUCAAAGAGCCGGAGCCGGAAGCCAAGCCUGUUCCUGAACCAUCAGCGGUCCAGGUCUGCCCUCCAGCUCCAGCUGAGCCUCCCGCCGAAGCAGUGGAGGAGACCCCGGAGGAAAAAGAGGACAAGCAGAACUCAGAACCGGACAAACCCGAAUCCCCCGUUGAUCCAGAUCAGAAAUACCAGUACAAAGAAGUCCAAUGGGAGCCGAUAAACCCAGAAGCAAAGAAGCGGUACGACCGGGAGUUCCUUCUGGGCUUCCAGUUCCGCAGCGCCAGCAUGCACAAACCCGAGGGUCUGCCGCUCAUCAGCGACGUGGUCCUGGACGAGGUAAACAAGACUCCGCUGCGGCCUGUCGAUCCAAGUCGACUGAUGAGCGCGGGUUCAGAUUUCACGCCUCCGUUUUUGGGGGGUCUCGGGGGAAAAUCAAUGGGACAACGACCUCAGCCCUCUGGCUCCCAUCGCUCCCAGCAGAGCUUGCGAAAAGAGCCCAAGAAAAUCAUCAUCAUCAACAGCAGGUCUCUGACCGACAACGUGCAGCUCAACAAGGCCGCCAACGCCUGGAAGCCCUCCACCAUAAAGCAGGAGGACAGCACCCCCGAAGAGAGCGACGACGAGCAGGCAAAGACCCGGGAGGUGUUCAAGCGCCUGCGCAGCAUCCUCAACAAGCUCACCCCGCAGAAGUUCCAGGAGCUGAUGAAGCAGGUGAUGGAGCUGAAGAUAGACACAGAAGAGAGGCUGAAGGGGACCAUCGAUCUCAUCUUCGAGAAGGCCAUCUCCGAGCCCAACUUCUCCGUAGCCUACGCCAACAUGUGCCGCUGCCUCAUAGGGCUGAAAGUGCCCAUCCCGGACAAGCCUGGAAACUUUGUGAACUUUCGCAAACUUCUGCUCAACCGCUGCCAGAAGGAGUUUGAAAAGGACCAGGACGACGACGAGAUCUUUGAGAGAAAGCAGAAGGAGAUGGAAGCUUCCAAGAACGACGAGGAGCGCGAGAGUCUGAGGGUGGCGCUGGAAGACUCCAGGGACAAAGCUCGCAGGCGCUCGCUGGGCAACAUCAAGUUCAUCGGCGAGCUCUUCAAGCUGAAAAUGCUGACGGAGGCCAUCAUGCACGACUGCGUGGUCAAACUGCUGAAGAACCACGACGAGGAAUCUCUGGAGUGUCUCUGCAGACUGCUCUCCACCAUCGGAAAAGAUCUGGACUUCGAGAAGGCCAAGCCUCGCAUGGAUCAGUAUUUCGCCCAGAUGGACAAGAUCAUCAAGGAGAGGAAGACCUCAUCCAGAAUCCGCUUCAUGCUGCAGGACGUUCUGGACCUCAGAAGGAAUAACUGGGUUCCACGCAGAGGAGACCAGGGUCCUAAAACAAUCGACCAGAUCCACAAAGAGGCAGAGAUGGAGGAGCACAGGGAGCAGAUCAAAGUCCAGCAGCAGCUCCUGUCUAAGAAGGACAGCCGCGGGCCGCACACGCCUGCGAGGGGCCGGCCCUCCCAGCCUCAGGAUGAGGGCUGGAACACGGUGCCCAUCUCCAAGAAUCGGCCCAUCGACAUCACCCGCCUCAGCAAGAUCACAAAGCCCGGCGCCCUGGACUUCAACAACCAGCGGCUGGCUCCGGACGGGAAAGGCAUGUGGGGCAGCUGGGGGAAAGGCAGCAGCGGAGGAAGUGGAGCUAAACCAGCAAGCGGAGAUCAGGACUCUGGACGUCCAGCGACCAGCACUCUCAACCGAUUCUCAGCCCUGCAGCAGUCCGGUUCCAUGUCAUCAUCAACAGACUCUGAUCGGCGAGUUCCUCAGAGGUCGAGCGCCAGUCGGGAACGCGGCGGUGACCGAGACCGGAGUGACCACGACAGGGACCGGUACGACCGAUUCGCUCGCAGCGAGAGACAAGACGGGAACCAGUUUUCCAAGCGAAGCUUCAGCAGAGAAUCGCAGGAGCGCGGCGGGAGGGGCGGAGACAACCGGGCCUCGACGGAGCCCGUGCGCCGCGUCGCCAGCAUGACCGACAACCGGGACCGAGGCAGCAGAGACAGGGGCAGCCGGGACCGAGGAGGUCACGACCGGGGCAGCAGAGACAGAGGCAGCCGGGACCGAGGAGGCAGAGAUCAAGGCGGCCGGGACCGAGGAAGCAGGGACCGAGGAAGCAGGGACCAAGGGAGCCGGGACCGAGGAAGCAGGAGCCAAGGAGCUCGGGACACUGGGCCAAGCAAAGACCUCCCAGUGAAGCGUGAAAGUGCCCCUGCUUCUCUUCCCAAGCCGGCCAUGACUGAAGAGGAGGUGGAGAAGAAGUCCAACGCCAUCAUUGAAGAAUACCUCCACAUAAACGACAUGAAGGAGGCGCUGCAGUGCGUCGCAGAGCUCAACAGUGCCUCGCUACUCUACAUCUUUGUGCGCAGCGGCCUGGAAUCGACGCUCGAACGCAGCACCAUUGCCAGGGAGCGCCUGGGUUUGCUGCUGCACCACCUGGUAGAGGCGGGGACGUUGGCCACCCAGCAGUACUAUAAAGGGCUGCUAGAAAUCCUGGAAGUGGCCGAGGACAUGGCUAUAGAUAUACCUCACAUCUGGCUCUACCUGGCAGAGCUCAUUACUCCCAUGCUCCAUGACGGGGGCAUCCCUAUGGGACAGCUCUUUAGGGAGAUCUCGAAGCCUCUGGUGCCUCUGGGGAAGGCCGGCACACUGCUGGCGCAGAUUCUCACGCAGCUCUGCAAAGGAAUGACUCAUGAGAAGGUCGGGUCGUUGUGGAGAGAUGCUGCCCUGAAUUGGAAAGAGUUCUUGUCCAAGGAUGAAGAUAUCAACAAAUUUGUCACCAAUGAGAAAGUGGAAUUUACCACUGAGGAAGACAAAGAGCCGAAGGAAGCUGGUGAGAAGAAGGUCCUGAGCGGAGAGGAAAUCAGCAAAGAGCUGGACCGGCUGCUUCAGGAGAAGGCCAACAACCAGCGCAUCAGAGACUGGAUAGAGGCCAAUCUGGAUGAGCAGCAGUGGGCUUCCAGCCACUUCGUACGAGCGUUGAUGACGUCGGUGUGCCAGUCUGCCAUCAUAUGUGACAACCCGUACAAGGUGGACGAGAAGCAGAUCAAACAGAGAGCCCCUCUGCUGCAGAGAUAUCUCUGCGACGAGGAGAAGGGGCUGCAAGCCCUCUAUGCCCUCCAGGCCCUCAUGGUGCACAUGGAACAGCCUGCAAGCCUGCUGCUAAUGUUCUUCAACACCCUUUACGACGAGGACGUGAUUGAAGAGGAGGUCUUCUUCAAGUGGGAGUCCAGCAAAGAUCCGGCAGAGCAAACCGGCAAAGGCGUAGCCUUGAAGUCCGUCACCGGCUUCUUCACCUUCCUCCGCAAUGCCGAAGAGGAGUCCGACAAGGACUGAGGAAACUGUUUAAAAAAAAAAAGAAAAUAAUCCUGCUUUCAUCAAAACGAGGCGGAUCUGCAGGCAACUGCGAAAGAGUAGUAGACAAUAUAUUUAGCCCAGAGUGGCAGACUCGAAUCAAUCCUCAAUGAGGAUAAAUCUUUAUUUUUCUUUUUUUUUUUUUUUUGUUUUCUUUGAGGGAUGAACUCAGAAAACAAUCAUUUCUCCCUUUCCCUCCUCUCCUGCUUUACACAGCAAGUGUCCUCAUGAAAUAAACUUGAAACAUACUCAGCAGGACUGCUUGUUAAUGACGUGUCGGAAAUCCACACAUCACUACAAACUUUUUUUUUUUUUAAAUCACAGUAACACAAACCAACUGGCUGCUUCUCCAUCGUUCUAGACGAUUACGCCUGAUGUCCUCUGACCUGCAGGAGGCGGCCUGCGGGGGGGAGGGGGGGGCUGUGUGGUGUGGUGGCUUCCCUUAGACCGCGGGCCUCUUGGAAUGAUCUGAUACACAGAUCCUCUCUGUCCUUUUUACUGGAGUGUGCAGCAUGACUGAAGUGCGCUUCAAUCAAGAAAAAAAAUAAAAUUAAAAAAAAUUCAGCGGACGAAAUGUUUGACGUUAAGGACUUGAACUUAGAUGGAGUUUUAAAUGCAAAGGUUGUCUAUUUUCCUCUCUUCCUGUUUCCUGUCAUGAGAGCUGAUGAUGACUCUGACUACAGGGGGGGGGGGUUGGUCUUAAUGCUUCCUCUAAGCCAUCCUUUCCCAUCCCAGGUGGUGAGCCACACACCGACUGACUCAUCUUUACCUCUUUAACCUGACACCUAAUGACCCAAUCAUCAUUAGAAACUUGAAAUCCGCAGAGAAAAAAAAAAAUGACUUGAUGAAAAUUAAAUAUAUACAGUGGGGGAGGGGAGGCAGUUAAAAACACAGAAGUGAUCCGAAAGCCUUUUCUACUUUAAGUGGAAACUCAUUUCAGGACCUUUCUGUAAAUAUAUAAUGAUGAUGAACUUUUUUUUUUCUGUUUUUAUUUUUCAGAAACCAUGAAUUUCUGAUGUAAUUGCAGUGUCUCAUUUUCCAGCAGAAACCACAGUUGUCCAGAUGCAGAGAGGUGCUUUAGAUAAUUCAAUGAUUAUUAGUUUUAUUUCAAUUUUGUAAAUAUUUCUUUUUUUUUUUUUUUUGCUUUCUUUAUUUAAGAAAAUGAUUGCUUCUUUUGCAUCGGAAACUGGAAAGAUGAGGUGACAGAAACAUUACAAUAAAUGACUUAUUAAGUUGC